CUGGAACAAGGGGAAGAGCCGUGGGUGCCCGAUCUACAGGCCUGCGAGGAAAGAGAGAUCUCAAGAGGUGCCCACACAGCAGGUAACGAGCCAGUGAGUGAGAAAAAGGAGAGGAAUCAACAACAGGAAGUUCCUGGGCACGGAGAACCACAGGAGACCUUUGUGGGAAGAGCUGCAGGGAAUUUUUCCCAGUGGUUGGAACAGGGAGAAGCCUGGGGAAAUUGGCAGAGGUCAGAGAGGCUGCUGAGAAACUACUCAAGGGAGCAAAUGGAUGAAUUUAUUAUCUGUGGGGAAGGAUACAGGGAUCCCACAGCCCAGCAGACAACCCCUAGGGAAGACAAACACCAUGAAUGCCUUGGUUAUGGAAAAGGAUUCGUUCUGGGACCACAGUUUGUUUCACCUCAGACAAUUCAUACUGGAGAGAAAUCACUUCAGUGCUUGGACCAUGGAAGAAGCCACAUGGGACAGAAACCCUAUCAAUGCCUUAACGGCAGGAACUCUUUGAAUUGGAAGUCAGCACUGACUACACAUCAGAUAAGCCACAUAGGAGAGAAACCCCAUAAGUGCUUGGCCUGUGGGAAAAGUUUCAUACAUAGGUCAGCCCUUGUUAAUCAUCAGGCCAUUCACACUGGAGAGAGACCCCAUAAGUGCUUGGACUGUGGGAAAAGUUUCAUACAUAGGUCAGCCCUUGUUAAUCAUCAGGCUAUUCACACUGGAGAGAGACCCCAUAAGUGCUUGGACUGUGGGAAAAGUUUCACACACAGAUCAAAUCUUAAACAUCAUCAGUGGAUUCACACAGGACAGAGACCCCAUAAGUGCUUACACUGUGGAAAAAGUUUUGUACAUAGGUCAGACCUUGUUAAACAUCAGGCCAUUCACACUGGAGAGAGACCACAUAAGUGCUUGGACUGUGGGAAAAAUUUUAUACGGAGGGCAGCCCUUGUCAAACAUCAGGCAGUCCACACGGGGGAGAGACCCCAUAAGUGUUUAGACUGUGGAAAAAGUUUUAUAUGGAAGUCAGGCCUUGCUAAUCAUCAGGCAAUCCACACUGGAAAGAGACCUCAUAAGUGCUUAGACUGUGGAAAAUGUUUCAUACAGAGGUCAGACCUUGUUAAACAUCAGGCAAUCCACACUGGACAGAGACCACAUAAGUGCUUGGACUGUGGGAAAAGUUUUAUACGGAGGUCAAACCUUGUGAAACAUCAAGCAAUCCACACUGGAGAGAGACCCUAUAAGUGCUUAGACUGUGGGAAAAGUUUCAUACAGAGGUCAAACCUUGUGAAACAUCAGGCAAUCCACACCGGAGAGAGAUCCCAUAAGUGCUUAGACUGUGGAAAAAGUUUUGUAUGGAAGUCAGGCCUUGCUAAUCAUCAGGCAAUUCACACAGGAGAGAGAUCCCAUAAGUGCUUAGACUGUGGAAAAAGUUUCAUACAGAGGUCAUACCUUUUAAAACAUCAGGCAAUCCACACAGGAGAGAGACCCCAUAUAUGCUUAGACUGUGGAAAAAGUUUUAUACAGAGGUCAAAUCUUAUAACACAUCAGAAGAUCCACACAGGUGAGAGAUCUCAUAAGUGCUUAGACUGUGGAAAAAAUUUUAUAUGGAAGUCAGCCCUUGUUAAACAUCAAGCAGUCCACACAGGAGAGAGAUCUCAUAAGUGCUUAGACUGUGGGAAAAGUUUCAUACACAGGUCAGACCUUGUAAAACAUCAGGCAGUCCACACAGGAGAGAGACCUCAUACGUGCUUAGACUGUAGAAAAAGUUUCAUACAGGGGUCAGACCUUGUAAAACAUCAGGCCAUCCACACAGGAGAGAGACCCCAUAGGUGCUUGGACUGUGGGAAAAGUUUCACACAGAGAUCACAUCUUAAAACACAUCAGAGAAUCCACACAGGCGAGAGACCCCACAAGUGCUUGGACUGUGGGAAAAGUUUCAUACAGAGGUCAGACCUUGUUAAACAUCAGAUAAUCCACACAGGAGAGAGACCCCACAAGUGUUUAGACUGUGGGAAGAGUUUCAUAAGGAGAUCAACCCUUCUUAAUCAUCAGGCAAUCCACACAGGAGAGAGACCCCAUAAGUGCUUAGACUGUGGGAAAAGUUUCAUACGGCAGUCAGCCCUUGUUAGACAUAAAGUAGUCCACACAGGAGAGAGACCCCAUCAGUGCUCAGACUGUGGGAAAAGAUUCAUGCAGAGUUCAACCCUUGUUAAACAUCAGUCAAUCCAUACAAGGGGAAGACCGUAAGUGCUUGGACUCUGGGGAAGUUUCAGAAUCAGUUCAGCCCUUCUAAACAUCAGGCAAAACACACAUAGUGUUUAGACUAUGGAAAAACAUUUCAAAUAGAUGUCAGCCCUUGUUUUACAUCAGAGAAUCCACCCAGGGAGACACCCUGUAACCACUUAGCCUGUGGAAAAACUUUUAUACGCAAUCAAACAUUGUUAAACAUCCAGCAAUCCACAUUGGAGAGUGACCCGAUAAGUGCUUAGACUGUGGGAAACAUUUCAGAAACUGAUCAGUCCUUGUUUUACAUCAAAGAAUCCACACAAGAGCAAGACUCCAUAAGUACUGGACUGUGACAAAAGUUUCAGACAGUGAUCAGACGUCAUUAAACGUUGGAGAAUUCACACACAAUCUAAACUUCUGUGACACCUGGCCAGAAAGAGUUAAGAACCUUGCAGGCUAUUUGACCCAGAUUCAACAUUUAAAGACAUGUUAGAAAAGUUUGUAAAUGAUAUUGGCGGCCAUUCCAAGUUAUAUAGACUAGAACUUUGAAUGUGAACUUGUAUUGUUAAAAACUUGGAAGAAGAUAAUAGUGUAGUUGAUUAAUUGCAAUUAACUCAAAAAAAUAAUGGUGUGUAUUAAAAUGAAUCUCAAUGGAUCACAUUGUUAAACAAUAGAAUACCAAGUGAUAUUUGUUAAAUGUUUUGGGAUAUUUUUCUAUGUUUUCAUAUAUAUUAAUUCCUAUCACAACAAGAAUAGAAAGUGUACAGUGGUCACAAAACAAAACUAGUAUUUUUCAGUUCACCUCAUACAAGUACUGUAGUGCAAUCUCUUUAUCAGGAAAGUGUAACUUAGAAACGUAGAUUUAUUUUGUUAUAUAGGUGCACUCAAAAGUAAAGCAGUUAAAAACUUUGGAGCCUAGAAGUCCACUCAGUGCUACUUCUUUUUCUGCUAAUCGCUAAGACAAAUACGUUUGUUUACAUUUACGGGAAAGAAUGCUGCCUGUUUCUAAUUUAUGAUGUCACCUGAAAGUCUGAGAAGGUGUUCGCAUGACACGUUUAGCUGGCAGUGCAGAUAUUUCUGUGGAAGAUAUACUAAACAUGCCUAUGUACCUUCAUGCUUCGGCAUUCCAGUGGAUAUGCUUCCAUGCUGACAGUGCUCUUUUAAAAAAAAAAAAAUCAUUAGAUAAAUUUGUGAUUGAACUUCUUGGAGGACAAUUGUAUGUCCCAUGUUCUGUUUUACACACAUUCUGCCAAAUAUUUCCUAUUAUAAAAGUCACGGAUAAUGACCUAGCACAUGUUAAUUUUAAGGACACUUUCACUUCUGAUUUGAGAAAACGCAAAGAACUAACGAUCUGAGAUUUCUAAAGAUAGCUACAGCUUUUGACCAAAGGUUUAAGAAUCUGAAGUACCUUCCAAAAUCUGAGAGGGACGAGGUGCGGAGCAUGUUUUCGAAGUCUUAAAAGAGCAACACUGAGAUGCAGACGCUACAGGACUCGAACCACAAAAAAAGAAAAUGAACCUUCGCUGGUGGCAUCUGACUCAGUUGAUAGAAAUGAACACGGGUCGGUCCACUCUGCUUCAGUUAGAAUGCAUCAUUAGCAUGGAUGCAUGUCCUCUGGAAUGGUUGUUCCAGCAGGAAGGGACACAUGACUCUUUAGCACAUCUUGCACAUAAAUAUCUUGCGACACCGGCUGCAAUAGUGCCAUGAGAACGCCUGUUCUCACUUUCAGGUGACAUUGUAAACAAGAAGCGGGCAGCAUUAUCUCCUGCAAAUUGUAACCACA